UUUCACCAAAUAUCACUCUCUUUUCUCCCUCUCUUCCUCUUUCUUUCUCCCCCUCUCUCUAAUAAAGACUAUAUAUACACUUGAGAUAUAUAUAUAUACAGAGAGAUAGUUAGGUAUAUACUGGAAUAUAUAUUAGUUGAGAGAAUAUUGGUGGGGUUUGUAAGGGGGUGGUGUUGAAGAUGAGCAACAACAGUGGUCUUGGUGGUGGAGUUGCUAGGGUUUCAAUCCCUACUAAUGUGAGAAAAAUGAUCCAAAACAUCAAAGAGAUGACUACAAAUCACAGUGAAGAUGAAGUAUAUGCAAUGCUUAAAGAAUGUUGUAUGGAUCCCAAUGAAACUGCUCAGAAACUCCUCUCACAGGAUACAUUCCAUGAAGUUAAAAGUAAGCGUGACCGAAGAAAAGAGAAUUCAAUCAAGGAGUCUGCUGAACCAAAGUGGAAAACAGGCAUGCAGGGCAGGGGGAGCAAAGGGAUUCGUGGAAAUUUGACUUCUCGUCAUGCUUCACAUGAUGUAGGUGGUGGAAAGAAUAGGAAAGAUAACAUUACCAAUCAAAUUCUUGACAAGAGUGUCAACCUAUCUUCUGUUCCUAAUGUUGAGGCAAAGAAUGUUUCAAGCUCAUCAAGUGCUGCAGUAAAUGGGCCUAGUGGUCUAGCUUCCGGGAGCAACAGUGUUGUACUAAAUGCUCAUGCAUCCACAAGAAGAGCAGUUAAACAAUUUCAAGCAAAUACAGGUGUACAGACAACUUCUGCUGAUGCAAGCAAAAACCCAAAAGCGGCUACAGGAAACAGGGAUGUGCAUGGGCAGAGAAGGCCAAACUCCGGCAAUUCUUCAAGAACGCUAUCUUCACCACCUCCAACGGGAACUUAUCUCUCAGCUUCAGAUCCCGUGCUCUUACCAUCUCAAGAUUCACGACCCGCUGGUGUAGUAGGCACAGUUAGAAGGGAAAUUGGGAGCCAGCAUUCUCCUGUUGAACAUGUUUCUUCUAACUCCAAUGGGAGCAAAAAGACUAAUGUAGCAAUUUCUGAUGCUGGAAGCUCAGAUAUCCAAGUAAAGAUGCCAAGCAAAUUUCAGGGGUCUGGAAAGAAUCAACUUCAAGAGUACUCGCAAACUGCUUCUUCAACCCAUGGUGGUUCUUCCGUUAGUAGGCCGUCAUCUAAUUACAACAAUCGCUCACAAACAAUUGGUCUACAAAAAGCAGGUCCUUCUAAGGAGUGGAAGCCAAAGCCUGUAAACAGUAAUCUAGUUCAGGGGUCUGCUCUUGCUGCUUCGUCCGGUGUUUCUACGGUUUCUGUUGAAGUCAAUACUCUGUCGCAGCCUCCUGCUGCUGUUCCCGAAACAAAAGAAGUUACGGAGGACCUGCAGAAGAAGUUAGAGGAAUCACACAUUUCAGAUGUUGAACAUGUUAUUAUUCCUAGCCACCUUCACGUUCCUGAGGUUGAAAAACUUGGUUUCUGCUUUGGAAGUUUUGACACUAGCUUUAGUUUGGGCACAAGCACAAAUAAUGCUCCUGAGCAUGACAGAAGUCCACCACUUUCUGAAGCUUCCGAGUGCAUUGAAGAAGCUACAACUGAACAACCUCCAAGUAAUCAAAAUGCAUCAGCAGCUGCAGAGGACACUGAUUAUUCUGAUCAGCCUCCACCGUCACAUGGACAAGAGAGUUUGCCUGCGAAAGCAGAUGAUGUCUCAUCCUCUGCCCCAGAGUGCAGUGAACCGAAGCAAGAGACUCUGCCGGUGGGCCAACAAUAUUCAGUUGUUCAUACAUCCCCCAACUAUAAUUUUGGCUUUGUUCCACCAAUGUUAGGCAAUCAGCUCCCACCCUUUGAGAGCUCUGAAUCUCAAACUCGAGAUGUUUCUCGUCUUCCAAAUUACCUUGUUCAGCAGCCCGUUGACCCAACAGGCUACUACGCCCAAUUCUACCGUUCGAGUGCUGAUAGUGAUGGCCGCAUUUCACCCUUCCAUUCAGCAGGUGUUUCCCAGUACAAUGGCAGUGUGGCAGUUGUGCCUUCACACACUUCUCAAUCUUCUCAAGAGGGUGGGAAUACUCCUACUUUAUCUGCAGCAACUCAAACACCACUUGUGACUCAAGCUGCUGGGCUUAUGCAGAGUUCUAUAUCUGUACCACAGCAACCUGUCCCUGUAUUUCGACAGGCUACUGGGAUGCAUCUGCCCCAUUAUCCUCCGAAUUAUAUUCCAUAUGGUCACUACUUUUCACCACUUUAUGUUCCACCAACAGCCAUCCAUCAAUUAUUAAGCAACGGUGCAUUUUCCCAGCAACCCCAGGCUGGAGGUGGGUAUCCACCUCCACCAUCAGCUGCUGCCAGAUACUCACUUUCGCAAUAUAGACCAGGAGCUAAUGUGGGAAAUUCAGCUCACAUGGGAGUGCCUGGCACUUAUGCACCAUAUGGAUCCUCUCCUGUCAACUAUAACCCUAGUUCAGCUACAACGACUGGAAACCCUAAUCCCAAUGAGGAUCUUUCUGCAUCGCAGUUCCAGGAGAGUAACGUCUAUGUGAGUGGACAACAGAGCGAAAGCUCAGGUGUGUGGAUUAAUGCGCACAACAGAGAUUUAUCUAGCUUGCAAGCAAGUUCCUUUUACAAUCUUCCUCAGGGUCAAGUGGCUUUAACACCCACACAACCUGGACAUGGGACCUUUGCUAGUGUUUAUCACCCAGCUCAACCAGUUACAGCAUCAAGUGUUCAUCCACUUCUGCAGCAGUCUCAGACGAUUGCUGGUCCAGUUGAUAUGGUGGGACCAACCGCCAACGUUUAUCAACGGCCUCAGCAUUCACAAAUGAACUGGCCAAAUAGUUAUUGACUGCUAUUCAUUGGAGGGUUUAGAGAUGCAACAUGUUGCGAUGUGGAGGAAUGGUUCCAGCAAAUGUUGGAAAGAAGUGUGCAGGCUGACUGUAAAUUUAUGAAGGGUGCCAACCACAAAAGUACGUCACCAUUGGCAUCUCUUCUUGCUUGGACUGAGGAUAAUGAUGAAUCCUCCUGUAACUGAUAGUGACAGAUUUUAGUUGAGGCAGGUAUAUGCGGAUUGGUUUUGUUUACAACUUUAUAGCCUUCAAUAGUUUUGAGCAUUAUUUUAUUAGAAUAACUAUGAGGUUAAACUUUUUUCGUCCCUACAUAUUUCGUCUUUUGGUAGGAUUUUUAGGACUCUUGAAAGCAAUGAGGUUUCUAGGGUUUUUUUCAUACAUCUUGCUUUCGCGCUUAUCUUUGUACCUGUAAAGUUAAUUUUGAGGGACUCUUGUAAUUGGUGGUUGGGGCAAAGAAAAAUGCGGCAUUAUUCGCGGUAAAUGGUGAGGUGAAUUGAUACAUAACUUGAAAGGCCCUUUCUGUGGUGUUGAAAUUUUGAGAUUAUUGAUGGUCUUGCAUCCAAUUCACUGUUAGAAUUUUCUCUAA